CCCUUGCGAAUAAAAAACUAUCUUGCAAGAGAAGCCUGUGCUUGCUGUCAUGUAAAUGAAACUGUUAAAGAAACUGAACAGUGUCGAACUUAUGCUCACCGUUGUGCUGAUGAGAAUACUGAACAAAGCGAAUUACGCAGAAAAAA